CUAGUGACCAGAAUAGUCUAGUUGCUGGCGGUGUGAAGAAGGUGUUUUCAGACAUUUACAAGAUUUUACAUUGGUUGCAACCAGUCAAAGAACAUGGUUCAUGCUUUUGUCUUGUUCACGUUGUGUUUGUGUCUGGCUGGUGUUGAUUCAGAAGAACUUAAGUUAAUAUCAGUGAUGAAGGGAGAUUCUGUCACUUUAAACACUGAUGUUAAUGAAAUACAGCAAUAUUUGUUAAUACAGUGGAUGUUUGGAAGCACUCGAAUAGCUGAAGUCAAUAGACUCACACAAACCAACUCAACGUAUGAUGGUGCUGAUGGGAGAUUCAGAGACAGACUGAAGCUGGAUCAGACUGGAUCUCUGAUCAUCACAAACACCAGAACCACAGACUCUGGACUUUAUCAACUAAACAUUGUGAGGCAACAGACCAGCUACGUGAGUUUCAGUCUUACAGUCUGUGAUGUGGCAAAUGAAAUGAAGUCAGUAUCAGUGAUGGAGGGAGAUACUGUCUCUUUACACUCUGAUGUUACUGAAACACAGAAAUAUUUGUUGGUACAGUGGAAGUUUGGAAGCACUCGAAUAGCUGAAGCCAACAGACUCAUGCAGACUAGCUCGACAUAUGAUGAGAGAUUCAAAAACAGACUGCAGCUGGAUCAAACCGGAUCUCUGACCAUCACAAACACCAGAACCACAGACUCUGGAAUUUAUCAACUAUCAAUUGUCAGCAGAGAGACCAGCUACAUUAAUUAUAAUGUUACUGUCUAUGAAAGAUCUUCAAGCUCAAAUUAUGUGUCAUCCAGCUAUGCAGUAAACAUUUCAACCGUAAACCAGACUGAGGGUGCUAACAUUACUGAACUCUAUCCGUCAAGUUCAGACUGCAUCCACUGUUGUGGAUUUACUGAAACUGUAAUCCGAUUGGUCGCCUCUGCUCUGGUGGGCGUUGCUGCUGUUGCUGUGCUGGUUUAUGACAUCAGAUCUACAAGAAGUGAGCUGAACAGGACAGAAGAGACUGUGUAUCUUUAUCAGACCCAUGGAGUAAAAUCAGAUCAACAGUAUGAACUGAGCAGAAGCUUUAGUUCAAGAAAUGUUUGCUGAGGAUUACUGGUAGGCCUACAAGCCAAUAAAUAAAUAAAUGAAUAAAUAAAUAAAAUUCAUGCAUUAAUACUAAUUUGCUAUAUUUCCAUUGCAAUUUUAUAACAGAAUAUGUUUAAUUCAAUUUUCUGUAUCUUCACAUCUGAUUUUUAACAGAUUAAUUCAUUGUCCAAUUAUUUAUUGUAUCUUCACAGUAUAUGAUUUUGAUCAAUGAAGGCUGUAAACAUAAUUACCCUAAACAAAAUAAAACUUAGCAGCACAAAUGAUGGUAUAGAAUGAUCUAAUAAGCUCUCAUUAUGUUGCACCCUUUCAAUGACUCUCACAGAGGAAUAUUUUGUGUAUUUUACUGAAUGUUCUUAAUUUAUUUUACAAAGAAUUUUCUGUUCUA